AUGACGCCCAGUACUGCUUCCGCGUGGGCCACUUCACGGUGGACGCAAUUCUCCGUGACAGCCAUUCCCCCGGGCAGCACAGUCGUCUGCUAUGCGGACGACACGUUAGUGCUGUCCGGGGUCACCGACUGGGGGGAAGCGACGGCCCUGGCUAACGUGACCGUCGAAUGCGUCGUACGCUCUAUCCGGGCGCUGGGCCUGAGGGUGGCUCCCAAUAAGACCGAAGCGUUAUUCCUGCACGCUCGGUCUGUGAAGCCGCCCCCACAGGCCCACAUCAUGGUGGCAGAUACCGGCGUGGAAAUGGGGCCCAUGCUGAAAUCCUUGGGCCUCACCUUGGAUGGAACUUGGGGCUUUGUCGAACACUUCGAACGACUUAGCCCCAAGAUGGGCAGGAUGGCUGGCGCGCUGGCCUGCCUCCUGCCCAAUUUCGGUGGUCCACGGACGGCUGUAUGCCAACACGGUCCACUCCAUGGCCCUAUACGGGGCCCCGGUGUGGGCGGGUGA